AUGCAUGUGCAAGAAUUACUUAUCUACCCGGUUAAAUCAUGUGCUGGUAUCAAAGUGCAAGAAGCACUUGUAACAAAAUAUGGUUUAGCUCUUCCAUCGAAUCCUCGAAUAUUUGACAGACGAUGGAUGAUAGUUAAAGAUGGCCGACAUCAAUCACAGCGUUUUCUAUCUCGUAUGGCACUUAUUCAACCAUCGUUUGUCAAAGACGGUCUCUGUCUUCAAGCUCCUAAUAUGCCUGACCUACAUAUUUCUAUCAACCCACUGCCAAAAGAAUCGAUGCAAUGUUAUUUUUGGGAUGAUCCAGUUCUUGGUUUACGCUAUGAUGAUAAUGUUUCCCAUUGGCUUCGAACAUUUUUCGAAAUGGAAGAUAAACUCGACUUAGUUGUAUUUGACGAUCAAAAAUUCGAAGGCCGUCUAUGCAAGAAUUGUGAAGUGCCUAAUAUUGCUCGUGAUGGCGAUGUGGUUGCUUAUCAUGAUAUGAGCCCAGUGCAUUUGUGUUCUUUAGAAUCAGUCUUUGAUCUCAAUACACGACUCAAGAAAAAAAUCCAAGUGUUCAAUUUUAGGCCGAAUAUCGUUGUGGGAAAUGUCGAUAAGCCUUAUGCCGAGGAUUGUUGGCGAGAAAUUGAAGUUGGUGAAGUCAAAUUGACUUGGAUUACGGCAUGUAUAAGAUGCUUAGUGCCAACAGUGGAUCCAGAGACUGGUAUUAAAGAUCCGAAUCAAGAGCCAUGGAAAACAUUGCGAAGUUAUCGUCUCAAGCCGGAUACGUACCGUGACAAAGCUUUGUUCGGCAUCGAUUUGGCACCAACUGAUGCUGAUAAGACAAGAAAUGUUUUCGGUACUAUUCGUGUUGGUGAUCCAAUUCGAGUGAUAAAAGAUGAACCUAAUUUUUGGGAAAAAAAGGGAUUAUAA